UAAGAUUGAUAUCCCCUCGAUUUCUGAAAAGGAUAUAUAGGGUUCUAAGAGUCAGAGAUUUUCAAUCCAAGAAGCUAGGGUUCGUAAUUUGUUUCUUUCAAUCGAAAUAGUUCAAGGCGAAGCAAGUGAAAAAAACAAGUGAGCGAAGAUGAGGAUAAUGAUAAAAGGAGGAGUACGGAAGAACACGGAGGAUGAGAUAUUGAAAGCGGCGGUUAUGAAAUAUGGGAAGAAUCAAUGGGCACGGAUUUCUUCUUUACUUGUUCGUAAAUCUUCUAAGCAAUGUAAGGCUCGUUGCUACGAAUGGCUUGACCCUUCCAUCAAGAAGACCGAGUGUACCCGAGAAGAGGAAGUUCAUAAACAAGAAGUAGCUCAUGGAUGUAUACAGAGUACAAGCACAAAGACAAGAGGCAGUUGAGAAGAAUCGCGCUCUUGAACAGUCUGAGGAUGCAGUUGAGAAAGAUCGUGCUCUUGAGCCGUCUGAGGAGGCAACUGAGAUGGAUCGUGCUGUUGAGCCGUCUAAGGAGGAGGCAACUGAGAAGGAUCGUGCUCUUGAGGCAGUCUGAGGAGGCAGCUGAGAAGGAUCGUGCUCUUGAGGCGGUCUGAGGAGGCAGCUGAGAAGAAUCGUGCUCUUGAGGCGGUCUGAGGAGGCAGCUGAGAAGGAUCGUGCUCUUGAGCGGUCUUAGGAGGCAGCUGAGAAGGAUCGUGCUCUUGAGCGGUCUUAGGAGGCAGCUGAGAAGGAUCGUGCUCUUGAGUGAUCUGAGGAGGCAGUUAAGAAGGAUCGUGCUCUUGAGCCGUCUGAGGAGGCAGCUGAGAAGGAUCGUGCUCUUGAGCUGUCUAAAUAUGAAUAUGCACUCUCUAUGAUUAGUAUUGCAGUAGUAGUCUGUUUUCUUCCCUGAUUGAGUAGUUUUCUUUUCCUCCACAUAGGUCUAGAGAGGUUUUUAACGAGGCUCUCAAUCAGACCUAUAAUUUCUUUUGUAAUCAUAUUGGUCGAGUAAAAAAAUUUAAAUAAUAUCUUUGAAAAUUUAAUA